UCCGCUCGGUCCCAUCCCCGUUACUCCCCCCACUCACCAGCUACGUUGCCGUUAUCUACCGGAGCAAACACGAUAUACCGCUAUCUCUUUAUUUUUUGGAUAUUAACGGUUGUCUUAUAUUUUACAAUGACGACGAGUACCUCCUCACACGACGACGUCUUUGGCGAUGGACCGUUGCCUAAGAUUGUGGUUUUCGAUCUGGAUUAUACAUUAUGGCUGGUGUCCGGCGAGAGAAUCUCGUUUUUCAAGGAUGUGCCUUCAAUUAUCUCCGCGUUGAAAGCAAGAGGAAUCAAGAUCGGUGCCGCGAGUCGGACUGACGCUGUUCAAACGGCAAAGAAAAUGCUAAGCCUGCUGCACAUCGACGACAAGCCCGCGAUCGAGUCCUUCGACGUCCUGCAGAUCUACCCGGGCUCGAAGGUGACGCACUUUUCGUACAUCAAGGAGGAUACCAAGAUCCCGUACCACGAGAUGAUUUUCUUCGACGACGAGAGCCGGAAUAAAGAGGUCGAGCACGAGCUCGGCGUCAAGUUUGUGUACGUCUCGCAGGGGGUCAAUUGGCAGUUGCUCAAGAGCGGGAUCGAGGAGUGGAGAGUGCAUCAGCAGGAAUACGCGAGCGGAGCGAAGAAGGCGCGGAGAGCGGCGAGACUGUAAGUACGUUUGUCUUUGGGCUGUGAAAUUGGUUACUGACUUUUGGUCUUCCGCAAUUGAGGGGGCUUUAGGACAUAGAUUAUGGAAAUUUAUGAGAUAGAUUGAUUGAUAUAGAGACAAUUAUUAUAGAGAUCAGCGGACGACUGCUAGAUUACAUACAAUGCCUUUGUCAAGGACUGAUCGUCCCCUGACCCGCUCUCUGUAGUCUACGCGUCUGUCACAGCCUGGUCGUCGCAAACGGACUUUUAAUAGAUUUAUCAUCAUCAUCAUCAUUAUCAUCAUCAUCAUCAUCAUCAUCAUCACCAUCAUCAUCAUCGUCGUCGUCGUCGUAAUAGUAAUUCGCGGAUCGUAAUA